AUGGCAAGUUUUUUUAGCAGAAUUUCCACAUUCAGGAUUUUUCUUCUAUGUUCACUCUGUUUCUCAGAUUUUGGUUUCCUGCAAGGAGUUUCAUCACUUGGUAUCAAUUAUGGCCAACUUGGCAACAAUUUGCUGCCACCAGAGAAAGUCCUGGACCUCUUGAGCUCUCUUAGGAUCACGAAAGCACGAAUUUACGACACGAAUCCUCAGGUACUCACAGCAUUUGCAAAUUCUGGUGUUGAGCUAAUGGUGACCAUUGAGAAUUCAAUGCUAGGCCAAUUAAGUAACCCCCAAGCAGCCUUCCAAUGGGUUACCUCCCACAUCAAGCCUUAUGUUCCAGCCACAAAAAUCACCAGCAUUGCUGUGGGCAAUGAGGUCUUCACAGAUGAUGACACAACAGUUCUACUAUCCAAUCUGGUUCCAGCCAUGGUCAGCAUUCAAGGGGCUCUAGCUCAGCUAGGCCUUGACCAAUACAUCAAACUCUCAACCCCUUGUUCUUUGGCUGUGCUUCAAGAAUCUUAUCCGCCUUCGGCAGGUAGCUUCAAAACUGAGGUCUCUGGGGUUAUGUCACAAUUGUUACAGUUCCUUCAGACCACAAAGGCACCUUUCUGGAUCAAUGCCUAUCCAUAUUUUGCAUACAAAGGUGACCCAAGUAGAGUCUCUUUGGACUAUGUGCUUUUCAACCCCAAUCAAGGAAUGGUUGAUCCUUUUACCAAACUACACUACGACAACAUGUUGUAUGCUCAAGUUGAUGCAGCCAUUUAUGCCAUGGCUAGGCUGGGAUUCAAUGGCAUUGAGGUUAAGGUCUCCGAGACUGGCUGGCCAUCCAACGGGGACGAAAAUGAAAUCGGUGCAACUUUGCAGAACGCCGCAAUUUACAAUAGAAAUCUGUUGAGGAGGCAGCUGCAAAAUGAAGGCACGCCUUUGAGGCCUAAACUGAGGCUGGAAGUCUAUGUGUUUGCUCUGUUCAAUGAGAACAUGAAGCCGGGGCCGAGUUCCGAAAGGAACUAUGGCCUGUUUCACCCUGAUGGCACCAUGGCUUAUAAUGUUGGGUUGUCUUCCUUGUCAACUACUAAUUCAGCCAGAACUCCAUCCACAACAACCUCAUCAGUCUCUGAUUUUACUUCCUCUGCUACAAAGGUAAAAUCAUAG